AUGACACACUCUUCUCAACAAAUACUGACAUUCUCCUCUCUUCCUCCCGAGAUGGUGAUUGAAAUUGCAAAAUUUCUUCCUCUCCAAUUGGUUUUAAGUAAUUAUUUUUUGAUUCCUCUCAAAUAUCUUCUCGGAAUUGAGGUGUAUUCGAUUGAAGCGAUGGAAAAUGGCAAAACACAAGGAGAGGAUAUGGGCCAAGAUGGAUGGAUGAAUCAACAAUCAAUGCAUCAUCGAGAUGUAGAAAUUUAUUGGAGAGAAUUUCUCACUCAUCAUGUGAUGAAACAAUUUCAAAGCCUUUCACCAAUGUUUGGACCUAUUGCAAUACUUUCACGAAUUUUAAAAUACACUUUGAAAUAUACAACUAGACAGUUACCAUACAUGUAUAGGAAUGAUAAUAUUGAGCAAGAGAUUUGUACCCUACUUUGUGUUCCAGAUCAAUUCAAAUACGUGUUUUUGGAUAAAUUGAAAAUUAUUCCAAAGAACAUUUUACAGCGAAAAAAACCACAACCAUCCAAUAGAAUGAAGAAGAAAGAAAUGGCUAUUUCUGAAUUUAAAACCAAGAGAUGGAGCAUCACUGAAUUGCAAUUUCUCUUGAGUUUUGUGGAGAGAAAUUCUUUUAUUUUCAUUCUUGCAAAUGAGAUCAAUGAAAAACAAAAACCUAUUGUUUUGAAAACAUUGAGAGGAGGAGUGGAUGUAGAAUUGGUAUAUUGUAACAGGCCUUUGAUGAAUCAUGCCCAGUGUAAUUUGUCCAUGUAUUUGUCCAACAAAUUUAACUUUGAACAACCAAUGAAAAUCAGAGGAACUGCUACAAUUAAGGACGGAGUUUUUGACAUGAAAAAUAUUAGAUACACACCAUUAGAGGAACAAACCGUGACCAAACAGCUCUCAGAGCAAUGGUACCCUAAAAUUUCCAGCUUUGAGCGUGCUAUGUUUUCCAGCGUUGAGCGUUCUUCUACAAAGUCUGCUGAAGAUGUUGUACGUCAUGCAAUUAUCCUCCAGCAUUAUUGGUAUCCUGGUACUGAAAUUGAGAUUCCCAUCGUAAAAAUUAACUACCUGAAAUCUGGCGUUCUGAACGAUGUGAGUUUGUAUUUGAAUGAUACUCCACGAAUUGUGAAAGCGCUUGACACUCAUUUUCGAAUUGAUUUUAACUCGGCUGAUUCUGUUGAGAAAGUUAUUGUGGAGUUAAAUCCUAGAACCUCUGUCAAAAAGUGCAAAAUCUUCCCUCAAAAGAUACCUUUUCCUGUAAUUCAUGCGUCAAUGAUUGCAGCAAUCACAUAUUUCGCUUUAAGCAACUCUUGCUUAUUGAACUGGAGAUAUUCACGACAAUUUUAUAACUCUAAUAAUUUUUCAUAUAAGGGAAUAAUAUUAUUCUCCAUUCUGGAUUUGUUCAACUUUGUCGGAUAUCCUUUCAAAGCCUUAAUUUCUUAUUUGUGGGGAUGCUUUAAGGAACAACAUGUGACUAUGAUAGAGAGCUUGUGUAACUUUGGAUAUAUCAGAUAUUUUCUUUGGACAAUUGUGUCCGCACUUAAAAGUUAUUACAGAUAUCAUGAAGUUGAAAUUCCACUCACAUCCAAGCUGUCUGACAAAGGAAGCAUCAAGUUGUGCAAAACAGAUUAA